GUCUGGGACUUGGUCUUCCCCACACUGACCUUGUUGAACUUCGUGCUGGGCGCCACCAGUGUUGUCAUCCGCAGCGUGGUCAUAGCGCCUUACCUGCUGAUCCACUUUUUCAGGGUAGACAUCACGUACCUGCCGAGCGAUUUGUGCGAUUGGGACUGGUCUUUCCAACCCUUUGUCUCCUUGGUGUUGCACUCCUACAGGCGGCUGAACCCCAUCCUGCUGGCCACAGUGGCGGAGCUCGGAAAAUCGGCACAGGAUGCCCAGAGACCUCCAUCACAAGAGGAACAGGAACUGGGCACAGUGGAUGCCGUUGAUCUGACACUUCCGCCCAGCGUCAGUGACUUGACCCAUGAAGUGCCACAGCGUGCGCGCACGACGCCGGGUCCACACAGCCGUCGGGCUCGGCAGCGUUGGCAGCUGGCCGUGAUUCUGGCGCGCAAUCCGUCCCUAAGAAGGCUGCGGAAGACCGGAGGCUAUGCGCUGCGCGCCGAGAGUGCGCCCGCAUGUCUGGGAACGGAGGUGGACACCUUGAUGCCCUUGCGGCUCCCGGGCCUCCCUCGGCGCCUGGAGAGCAGCUCCACGAGUUUCUGGAGCCCCUUGAGCCGCGCCGUGGGCGCGCGCACGCCGCUGCUGAGCGAGUCCGCGCCCGUCUUUCCGCCCGAGGAGGUGGGCGAUCAGCCGUGACCAACGGAGCGGGGCCUUAAAA